GAUCAUCAUCAUCAUAUUAUUCCACUAAAAAAUAAUGGCUCUUUCAUUAUCAUCAUCAUCAAUACUAAUAUUAUUCCUCAUCACAAUCUCCUUAUUCCCUUAUUCUUCCAAAUGUAACAAUAAUAAUAAUUUUGAUGAUAAAAAUAAAAAUAAAAUGUUGAUUAUGAAAGGCAUGUUUGUGUUUGGAAGUUCUUUAGUGGAUAAUGGCAACAAUAACUUCAUAAACAACUCUUUGGCCAAAGCAAAUUACUUGCCUUAUGGCUUAGAUUUUCCUCUUGGGCCUUCCGGAAGAUUCACCAACGGCAAAAAUGUCAUCGAUCUCAUCGGAGAAAAGCUUCGCCUUCCUUUCAUCCCGGCUUUCGCCGAUCCCUCCACUAAAGGAAGGAGAAUUGUUCAUGGUGUUAGUUUUGCUUCUGGUGGUUCUGGCAUUCUUGAUGACACUGGCUCUAUCGCGGGCAACGUAAUAAGCCUAAGGAAACAAAUCCGAAACUUCGAGAAAGUAACUUUGCCCGAUCUCGAGGGCGAGAUCGGGUGCAAAGGCAAGAAAAAUUUGAAGGAUUACCUAUUUGUGGUGGGAAGUGGCUCCAACGAUUACUCAUUCAACUACUUUCUCACUGGCCUUAACCACAAAACCACUCUCCAAGAUUUCACUACAAACCUUACUAUUUCACUAUCACACCACCUCAAGAAACUAUACAGGUUGGGAGGUAGAAAAUUUGUAUUAAUGUCAAUAAAUCCAAUAGGGUGCAGUCCCAUGGUAAGAACAAUGGUCCAACAUAGUACUCCAACACAAAAUCGAAAUCGAAAUCAAAAUCAAAAUCAAAAUCGGUGCAUACAAGGGCUCAACAUUGCAGCACAACUGUUUAACAAUCACUUGAAGUCUUUGGUAGAUACCAUGAAGCCACAAAUGCCAGGCUCUGCUCUUCUUUAUGUUAAUUCUUACAAAAUUAUCAGAGACAUCAUCAGAAACCCUUUUCAGAAAGGUUUCAAGGAGGCUAGUAAACCAUGUUGUAAAGUAGCAACAUUGAGUGAAGGAGGGAAUGGAGUGUUGUGCAAAAGAGAAGGAUCAGUGUGUGGAAACAGAAGCAAUCAUGUCUUUUUUGAUGGAUUGCAUCCAACUGAAGCUGUCAAUAUUCAAAUUGCUAACAAGGCUUUUGCUUCUACUCUCCCAACUGAAGUUUAUCCCAUCAAUAUUCAACAACUACUUCAACUUCAAACUACUUACUAAUUAGUUACUAGUUACUAUUAUUAAUUAAUAUCCAAUCAUAUAUAUAAUGUAGGAUCUAGUUACUAAUCUUAUCUAGUCUAGUACUAUAUAUGUUGUAAUAAUAAAUGCUUGGAUAACUAGAUUUUAGUCUUAAUUUUAUUAGUUUUUAGUCAUCAUUUAGAGUCUAGACUAGUUAGUAGUUGUUGAAUGAAUAAUCAUGGUGUUAUUUGUUCAAAAUUAUUAUAUAUUUAGAGAAAUUCCAAGAAAA